AUGUCUUCCUAUUUCUCUUCCCUCACGUCCUCAUCGGCGAUCUCGAAUCUCGGCACCCGCCUGACGUCCCUUCGCCGGGCGAUCACUCUGGGCGACGAGGCGGACGACCCGGACCACGAGGACUGCUCUCACAUCUCCAACGUUCUACGCGCCUAUUAUAGCGAGAAAGGCCGCCCGUUUCCCGGUUGGCUGCCCCCUAACCCCAAAGCUCCAACGCCUGCGCCGGCCCGGACCAUUGCGACGACUCAAAUCCAGUCCGGCGCUCAUGGUUCGGCUCCUGCAACCUCGAUGUAUGGUCGUGGUAGUGGUGGUGGAUUAGGUGAUCUGUGGGGUGAUUCGGGCUCGGCACAACCUCCCACCUCUCAAACGGCUAGCUUGCGGCGAGGACGGGCUGCUGGUAGCAUGGGUGCGCCGUUGGCGGCCACGAGCAGUGCGCCCCCGGGGUCUUUAGCAACACCACCCAGUCACUCGCCUACCCCGCCGUCGCUGCACCCGGGCGGAGCGCGACCAUUGCCCAGCCAGCGAGCUGGAUCAUAUCAAUCGCUAUCCGGCACUCAACCUCUGGAGCGGGCAGCUUCGGCGCAAGAAAGGCUUCGGGCUAGAUUACAUGGAGGUCGGUCGCCUAGUCCCGGACAGAACCCGAAUAGUCGGCCGGUUUCACCAUACUAUGGCGGAUCGGAUCCUACCGCUCGAAAACCGGUUGGGGGAAGGAUGCGAUGA